AUGAAGUUGUCUGCCUUGUUGCCCCUCGCAUACCUCAUCGGUGCCUCUUCUGCCUCCGCUUCCAACUCGUUUGUGGACAUCCUCGCCCCCCACAAUAACCAGCAACGUCCCCUUAUCAAUGAAAACAUCCAAAACAAACUCCACUCACAAUUCGACGGUGCUUCCACCUUGUUGCAAUCCGCCGCAAAUGCUUUGGGUGUCUCCUUGGACUCGUUGUCUAACGAUAUCAAAAUUACCUGGUCAGAAAUCUCCAUGAAGUUUCCUUCCAUCGUCUCCAACUUGCAGUUCGUUUCCCAGCCAAAGAAACACUCCAAGAAGAGCAACUGGGACUUCCAGGUCGCCGACGCCUCCCACCCAAACCACCAAUUGAGAGUCAAGAAAACCAAUGCCGCCAAGUUGGGGGUCGACUCCACUAAACAAUACUCGGGGUACUUGGAUGUCGAAGACGAAGACAAGCAUUUCUUUUAUUGGUUCUUUGAAUCAAGAAACGACCCUGCCAAUGACCCAGUCGUUUUAUGGUUGAACGGUGGCCCGGGCUGCUCCUCUUUGACCGGUUUGUUCUUUGAAUUGGGUCCUUCCUCCAUCAACGCUGAAUUGAAACCAAUCGACAACCCAUACUCUUGGAACAACAACGCCAGUGUCAUCUUUUUGGAUCAACCAGUUAAUGUCGGCUACUCUUACUCUUCUGGUGGGGUCAGCGACACCAUUGCUGCCGGCAAAGACGUCCACGCUUUCCUCAAUUUGUUUUUCAAGCAAUUCCCAGAAUACUCCCACUUAGACUUCCAUAUUGCCGGUGAAUCUUAUGCCGGUCACUAUAUCCCGGUAUUCGCCGCAGAAAUCUUGGAACACCAAGACACCAACAACUUCAAUUUGACCUCAGUGCUUAUUGGUAACGGUUUGACCGAUCCUUUGAGACAAUACGAAUACUACCAGCCAAUGGCCUGUGGUGAAGGUGGUCACCCUCAAGUGUUGUCCGAUGAAGAAUGUGAUGCCAUGUUGGAAAAUGAACCAAAAUGUCUCAACUUGAUUAAAUCUUGUUAUGAAACCGAAUCGGUCUGGUCUUGUGUUCCUGCAGCUAUUUACUGUAACAACCAAGCUUUUGGCCCUUACCAGAAGACCGGUCUUAACGUGUACGAUAUCCGCUCUCCAUGUGAAUCUGGUGCCCCAGGGGGAUUGUGUUACAAAGGAUUGGCUUACAUUGAUGAUUACUUGAACCAAGAUUACGUUAAAGAAGCCGUCGGUGCCGAAGUUGACGAAUACCAAUCUUGUAACAUGGAUAUUAACAGAAACUUCCUUUUCGCUGGUGACUGGAUGAAACCUUACCACACCAAGGUUAUUGAAUUGCUUGACACUUAUGAUUUGCCAGUCAUUAUUUAUGCCGGUGAUAAGGACUUUAUUUGCAACUGGUUGGGUAACCACGGUUGGUCCGACUACUUGGAAUACAGUAAACAUGAACAAUUCGCCAAGACAAAGUUGCAUAACUACUACACUUUGGCUGGCGAACAUGCUGGUGAAGUCAAGAACUUUGAUAAAUUCACUUUCUUGAGAUUAUUCAACGGUGGCCAUAUGGUUCCAAUGGAUCAGCCAGAAGCUUCUUUGGAUUUCUUCAACAGAUGGAUUUCUGGUGAAUAUACUUUGUCUGAGUAG